AUGGUACUCGCGUUAAUUGGCCCUCAUCCCGAAAGCGCUACCCCGCAUUUGCAUCCCUACAUAUCGGAGUUUCGAUACGAUCCCCGAUACCAUCCAUCGAGAAAUCCCGACUGCGCGUUGCGAUCGCUUCGGCAUGAGUUUUACAACGAACGACUUGGACAUGAAGAUCGUCGACAUUUCUCGUUCGAAGGACCGCUCGUCGAUCAAGAUCAUCCGUGGAUCGAGAUCAGAGCUGUCUUGACGAAUACGCGGGAAGAAUUCGUAUUGGUGGAUCAUAUAUUGGAUCCGGUACAAUUGCACAAAAUCCGAUUGCGUAAUCCAUACGUCAUAAAAGUUCGCCAAGAACCUCUCCUGCAUCUAUAUGGACUGAGAUUACAAGGCGUUGUCAAUGCGGGGGCGAGAGAAGAAGUCAUUAAUAAUCAUCGAGCAAACUUCACUGGAUGUAACGAUGGUUUAGGGAACCCAACUUGCGGUCAAAUGUUAGUUGAUGGAGAGCCAAUACUAUUUAGUCAGGCAAGUUAUGUCCCUGCAGUAAGAGCCGCGCGCAACAAGACGACGGAUCGCUUUCAGGGUUUCUGCUGUUCUUGCGAGGACGCGCAGCGUGCCGAAAGUUUCCGCUCGGUCGCCGCCAAGUCAAACUAUUACCAGCGGGACGAUGGCACAAACAGAGCUCGCAACAGGUCCGUGUCGAGCGCGAAUUUAUUUGACAAUUCGGAGGCACAGCGCCAGGUCGAAGUGAACGGGAAGGAGGGACACAACCGCCAAGUCGAGAACGGCGAUGCGCGAGGACGAGUAACGAGCCGCAAUACUUCCGCCGUUAAUGGCCCACUUGGCGAGCAAGCGUCUCCUUUUCGGAAACAACAACAAGAAAAAGAACAGCUUAAAAACAAUUCGGUCCGACAGCGCAUUCGACUACUCGAGGGAUUUCCCAGGACGGGGAGAGCGAAUCACACGACAAGCUUGCAGUCCGUAUUGGAGAACGUAUUCUCCGAUCCAUCACCGAAGGGGAAGAUCGAAGCCUACAUCGAUGCCGUGUAUGAGCAAGCCAUGAAGCAAAGAGCCAUGGAGCAAGCUGUAAAACACGAAAGCGACAAAAGAAGCAAGGAUUUAUUGGACGAGAACGAUUUAUCGACUGGAAAUGUCGGCGAUUCGGACGAUAGAUUUCGAAAAUCGGAUCGACGGAUCCUGGACCGGCGAAUUAGCGACGGACGGCCUUCGAUCAAUGGACCAAUUACGGAUAAUCUUCAAGACACAACUACAAAAUUCACGAAUAUAGACGAUUAUGAUUCGAGAGCACUGAAAUCUCGGAAAGCCAGUCCGCAAUCCGCCGAUCGUCGGAGCGACGAUCGAUUUUUCACUCGGGGAUCAGUCGCGGAUGAUCCUCGAAAUCCAACGACGAAACUAACGAAGUUAGAAAGUGAACAGGGUUUUACGAAAAUUGGCGGCAAAGAGGAUAAUCGGGAGUUUCUCGAGUUCGAGAAGCGCGAUAGGUCGGCGAAUUUUUCAGAAAGUGGAAAUCGCGAGGAAAUGGCGAGGGGUCGAUCUCGCGGCGUUCAGCCAGAAAAUACCUUCGAUUACACACCGACGACCCUGGCAAUACACCCGCGAAUUCCGGAAGUGAGUCACCUUUCGAGUCGAACGGAGAAAAAUACGUUCCUCAACGACACGUUGCACGAUAACGGAGCUUUUUCAACGACCAUUGAAUUUUUAACUCGGCCCGGGAUUCCGUUCGGAAACAAUACCGACGAGGAUAUUAAUUGUGCUAUCGCGUCGUCGACGGCAAGAUCGAAUAGCUUCGAAGAGAACGCGUUCGCGCUAUUAUCGCGAAUUAUGGCGUCGACGGGAGACGAAGAGAGACAAUACGGAUUUAGGGCGUUGAAGAACAUCACGGAUAACGUUAACGCGUUGAGAAACGCUUCGGCCGUGAGGAAGAACUUAAGUGCAGCCGCGAUUCAAAGAGAUAAUACGAACGGCGAGGAGGGAAAAACGGAAAAUGCUAAUGUAUCGACGCGAAUCUCGGCCGUUCCUGCUUUUACAAGAUUACGAAAUCUCUCCUCUCCCGUCGGAAUCCCGCGGCUGGAAGAAUUAUCCGCGCCCGCCGCUCGUUCCGAAGAUAAAUCAUUGACGAAAAUCCUGGAGUCAAAAACUCGCGGUUCGUUACCGGCGGGCGAGAUACAGGGAUUUCCCGGCGACCUCGGGGAUUUGUACAAGGGCCGAGAAUCGCGCGGAAUGCAUAACUCGGCCGGGCGAGCGCCGAAAGACGUGAACUUGAAAAACAGUUACAAAUUCUGGAAGCCCCGGCGGAAGUUGCGCAAGUCGAAGGGCGCCGCCAAGUUUCGCGGAGACAAGGGCCUCGCGGGGGAGCUGAAACGCUUCGGGAAGCCGAGCCGCGGAUCGACGCGGAAGCGCGCGUUGUCGGACUUUGAACGCGACAGUUUCCGAAACGAAUUUUCGAAGGGCGAGAGACGUUUUCGUAGACAUCUCCGAGCCGGAAAGGGAGUUUUUAGUAUCGCGAAUGCUCGGGGCGACGGUUUGACAGGUGAAGGUUCGUCGGGCGAAACGCAAGCUUUUGUACAUUACUAUACUCGACCUGAGACAGCUAGCUCUAAGCGAAAUAUAUCGAAUACUGGUAACGAAGGUCCGAAGAAACGAGUGAUUUCGGAAUCGGGUCAUUCUCGCUGGAAAGUCCAGCCCGAAGAGAACGAUAAUCCGUUCCACUUCAACAAUAAAGACGGCAAGAAGAACAGCGUCGAUAAGCGGAUCGAGGACAAGUUUGUGCGAAUAAGCAACGUCCUGAAGGAAGACUCUACCGAGACGGGAAUUAUUCGAGAAACUCCGGAGAAUUUCGAAGUAGUUACACGGAGCGAAGUCGCAAAAGCCGAUAUCCCUAAAAUUCCAGCUGGAUCGGGGGACAAUUUGUUUUCGCGAGAAAACGGCAAAUCGGACGAGCUGUUUGCGAUUCAUGACGAUGAAAUAACGCAUGAGCGGCCUGCAGAAUUAAAUGACACACGCCGGCGAUUGACCGCGAGUGAAAACUCUAUCGCGACUACGGGAUCUACAAUGACGAGCGAUGAAGCCGCCACGCUUACGUCGCUGGCUACGCGAAAAGAUUCGUCCGGGCAUCCAUCCGUUUUUUCCAAACCUGUCAUCGAUCCUUUUCUGUCGUCGUCGAUUAUGAGAAAGCAGGAUUACAAUAUUACAAAGAAAAUUGAUUUGAAUGGUUCAAAAAAUCCGAUUUGUGCGACCGAGUUCGCAAUGGAGCAGACGGAUAUCCCGCGCGGCGAAAAUGUCAGUGGCUAUGUCGAGGUGACUGAUAGUCCGCUUAGAACGUUAUCUAGCGAUUCGGCGAGUUCUAAGGAAGUGACUGAAACGCUGAACAAUCGAAGCGACGAUGAACGAGAUAAACUGGAAAACACGAGAUUCCUCGAACUUAAUAACGGCCCUUCGCGGAUUAUCGCUGGCAAUUUCGUGAAGCCCGAAGGCCCGCCGAUCGACUCGGGGCUCCCAUCACGCGGCAGUACUUGGAUUAUCGAACCUAAGGAAAUUUCGUUGAGCAACGAGGAAGAGGCGGACUCUCGUUACACUGAAGAUCCACCUUUGGAAAAUUCGGCGAGUUCUCUGGAGAGGUCCCGGGAAAAGGAGGAAAUUGCCGAGCUGGUGGAUCGAAUCGCGAGACAAUACGCGGCAUUCACGCCCAUCAUGCCGGGCAUGCCGACUUUCGACGAGAUCACGGAAGCGGAAACCUUGCCGCCUGAAGAAGAGACGACCGUCACUCGGUUCACGACAACCUUGGCGACCGCCACCAGGAUCACGGACGUAGCUUUCCGUCCUUCGAUACGUCCGCUGGCGACACCAUCGCUCCCGGGAGAGAUGCACGAUGAGGUCUCUCUGGACGAGACUACUUUCGUGGACGAGACGGAAGCAACGACGACCACUCGCGAAAAGACUGCCUCUAAACCGAGAUUCCGACCUGGAAGACCUGACGCAAACACCUCGGCGAGGGCAAAAGUACGAAAAGUAUCGAGCAGAACUGGGAAGCACGAAACACAAAAAGUUACCAAUCGUGUAACGAGUAUGAAAAUGACGAAUGCGAAAGGGGAAGCUGAAGAGCACCCUUGGUAUCGCACUACGGAAAUGCAGCAGUUAAUUGCAGCGAACCGAUCUCAAUCUGCCCGGAGGACUGAGGGAAAAGGGAGGAAGCACCGCUACGAGCCGGAGGCAGAUUAUUUUCAGAACACUUCCUCGGCACGAACUUCAUCAACGACAGUUCCUUCCGGUGUCGCGCAGACGAGAGGCAAGAGAUCGGACCUUAUCCGCGCGGCAGGCAAUCGCGACUCCUCGGUCUUCUACGUCUACGCGAGCGAGGAUGAAGAGACUCGGCCAAGUGGAAGAGCGGGUUUGAAUAAAAACGAAAAGUCCCCGAAUACAACGGAGUCGACUGAAUUACGUUCUACAAUUGAAAAAAGAUUAGUCGGCGAAUUGGAUUAUCCUGCGAGCCGGGGAUCCUCUCGACACAGUUGCGAAAGUCGAGAUCAGGCACAAAAGCUCGAUGCCGCUCUUCGAGAUAUUGCAGCGCGUAACGUCGGGCUUCGUGCCGUUAAAGAUAAUCUCGAUUUGGACGCGCGAAGGAAAGACGUCCAAGAUAGUCUGAAGAACUUGACUCGUUUGAGGCUGCGCCAGGUGAAGGAUGGUGCGGAUCGUCAAUUCGACAAGGACAUUUCAUCGCGGAAUCGCGAAGCUACGUCGGCGUCGCUCGGUGCUUCAGGCCCGACAAAAAUUCCGUCGUCACGGACGGACCUUUCCGGAUCGGUGCGCGCGAGAUCGGAAACAGAUCGGAGAUCGGAGAAACCGGCGUUCGACGAGCGGACGGCGGCCGAGAUCGGCAGGAUCGCGGUGGCGCGAAAAAUCGCGGCGAGCGCGGAACCGCGGGAGAAAUGGUCCGCGGGCGGGAUAUUACGGGCUUGCGCAAGAAGUCCCGGGAGCCGGGACAAAAGUCGCGAGACGGAUACUGUCAUUUGCAGCGUGAAAUUGAUGAUACCGGACGAUAAGGGCGAAACGCGCGAGCUCGGCGUCGCGGCUAAAAGUGCCGAUAAAAAGAUCCCGCUUCUCGCCGCGCGACAGCGGGGACGCGAGGACGCGAGGAAGAUUAAUGAAAAUCCCGCGGAUUGUCGCGUUUCCGCCGGGAGGCAAUACCUUCGACGUCCACGAGGCAAAGUGUACGACACCGUCCGCAAGAUAAUCAAUAAGAUCAAGGGGAAGUUAUCAUCGGUAUCGAACGAGGCGGACACCGAGCGGGAUCUCGCGGCAAGCGAGAAACGCGCCGAUCGGUCGCCGCCGGAUUGGCAUCAACCCGGCAGACGACUGUUGUCGAGCGGAGAAUCCGACUACCUAGAGAGUAUUGACGACGAGUAUUACGCGAACGAUGAAAGCGAGGCGGGCCGGGAGAAUGACUCGAGCGAUAAUGAAGCCAUCGGCAAGAGGGAUGAUCUAUCGUACCUCGAGAAUCGGUCUGGCGUCCGCGAGAAUCGAAAUUCGCGGAAAUUGGUGGCCGCGAUGGAUCGACUGAUAGGCAGGAGUGCCGAUGUUGCACGAGCUAUGCCGGAGGAAAGAACAGCUGCUGUCUGCGAUGCAGCGAUGUUCCCCGACGACACGCAAGCGAGUAGCGAAGAGGCAGUCUCGAGGCCAUUGUUUAUUACCAUUAAUUACGGUGGCAAUUACAGGAACAUCGAGAAGAAAGUUAAGAAUAAAAGUACAGACUUUCAAGAUACCGAAGUUUCUCGCGAAUCGACUGAUCUUACGAGUUUCAAUGACGAUAAGAUGUUAGAAGUUCCUCUCGAAGCAGAAGAAAAAUCUAUUGUUCGUAGCAUUGUCGAUAAUAAAGCCUCUGUACGGGAAAAAGAGUUUGAUAAUUCUGAAAAUAUUUUAAGAAAUUCACGAGGCAAAGAGAUUAACGAGGAACCAUUUUCCUUUCGCGAGAAAAUCAACGAAAAUAAUUUAUCCAACGGGAUAAGAGAGGAAUCGCCUUACGACACCCAGUCGACAUUUAAUACGAGAGAAACUGUAAGCUCACUUGCUACGAAUAAUCAAAAUCUAUCGAGUGCUGGACGAUUACGAUCGAACAUCGACCUAUCACGAAGCUCGGCAACGUCUAAAAACGAAGGAAACAUCAAAAUUUCGCUAAUUGGGAGGAUUCAGGUGCACAGUGGUUUCAAUCAGACGCCAAUGCUAAUAAGCUUUGAUGCCGUUCCCGACGAGUCUUCAGCAACGCGGUCUUCGGUUUCCGCAUUGUCGAACACUGUCAGGGCGAUUGAAACUACCACCAUUAAUCUCCCUCUGAAUGAUUCAAAUGUGGAAUCUACGUUGGAUCUCUUGUCCAUGGGCGAACGUGGAAAUGACGAAGCGGGUAAUUCACUGAAAGCGAGAUUGGACGAGAGUCGGGAAGCCGAAAAGACGAACGCGGGCGAAGUCAGGAUAAAGUCUGGCGAGAUGCUCUUCGAUCUGACGCGAGGAAGCGGGGAGGGACGAAAGAUGGGGAAAAAAAAUCGCGCCCGAGUCAAGAAACGAUUGGACAAAUAUAACGCAAACUCGAGAUCGGCCAAGCAGGUUUUUCUAACGGAUCGCUCGGUCGAACCCGAUGGCAAAGCGGACGGGACGAGCGUCGGAAGGGCGAUUUCCGAGCGAGCCGGCGGAACGAUUGGCAAACUGGAUUCCCGGUCAUCCGCGAAUCCGGUGUAUUUUCCAGACAUUUUCGGAUCCGUCCUGGUCAACAACGCUAGUCUAAAAGACCAUCAGGACGUGUCUAAAGAACCCCGGCGUCGGAUCGACGUCCCCGCGACCGAAACAAACCGAUCCAAUUCGAUCGGGAGAGAGAUUGACCCAGCAAACACGACUACUCUUCGCGUUGCGCCGUUGGUGCAUGUCAGUAUCGAGAAACCGAGCGACGAUCCUGCGAACUACGGGGGAACCAGGACGUGCUGCUCGCGCGAGGACCCGCGGAACGCUACUUCCGGCGGUUGUUACAGAAUGCCCGCGACCGUUCGGGAACUCGAAAUUACGGAGACGACCUCGCGCGAGUUGCAAACCUGGAGCAAUUAUCGGAAUGGCGAUCCUACCGAAACUUUUCCACCUGGAGUCUACGAAACGACUGUAAACGACCGGAAUGCGGUAACCAUGAGGUCCUCACCGUCGUCGACGCGAUUGCAGAACGGCGUUCUAGAGACCGCGACAUUAUCUAGUAAGUGCAACGACGAUUCGAUUAAUGCGAUUCGCGUGAGAAACAUGAUGGCCAUCGUGCGAUUCAUGAUGAAGCUAUUGAGAGUCAUCGCGGAGGACGGGGAGCCUCCAGGUCCUAGGACGCAGGUCGGCGAGACGGUGAUCCACGUGAAGAACGUGGUUAUUAACGCGUCGAGUCACGUGGAGCGGCAGAAAGAUACUACCGAUGGGAUGAUAAAAUCAGGAGGGACCAGGCAGGAUCUUACGACCGCUGAGUGGCGAUCGACGGAAAGGACGCGCGAGGGAUCGUCGCCUUUGGGCGACGGCACUUUUGAGCCCUUUACCGUAGCACCUUCUCAUCCGGCAGCGUCCACCUCUCCCGAUCAAGUGUCCAAGGACGAAGGGCUAUCCACGCUCUUUGAAACUUCCGCGGGAAAGGAGGUGUACGCCACCACUUUAUCGAGCAGGACUUCUUUCGCGACGCCCAAGUCCUUCCUAUUUUACGAGCCUGCACAAAAGUCGCCUCGCAAAGAUGCCUCUCGGAAAAAUACCACCGUGGAGCUAACGGGUGUAAGACAAAAUUCGAACGGUCCCUUUAAAGGUUCAAAGGACGAGCCGGGGGGAAAGAAAUCUCGAUUGGACGGCAGCCAAACGAAUCGUUCGUCUUCGUGGCUGCGGGACCGAGAUCGUAGCUCCGUCGAUCGACUUCACUUCGGUAAACAAGGGAUUGCCACGACGACAAAUCCCGAGGAUGAAAUCGGAUCUUCGCGAGAGAAAUAUUUGGCACGGGGUAAAAACGCUGCGUUCCGGCGGUCCGGACCGACGGGUGUCGCUAACGACAAUGUCAGGUCGAUACUUGCGCGCGGUAUCGGCGUCUCGCGAAAUGCUUUAUUAGAAAGAAUCGGUGCCGCGGGAGAGAACAGGCCCGGGCGUUCCAAGUCGAAGAGGGCCGGGAGGGCGGGGGUAUCGGAUCGGCGUGCCGAAACGAGAACGAAAUUGCUUAACCGUUCCACGAGAGCAGGUCCUCCGGGAGAUUGGAUUGGGGAACAUCGGGCGGCCACGCGGCGACUGGCGAUCGAUAAGGAACUGCGGGAAUCGCGCGAAGCACCGGGCGGAACUGCAACGCCGGGAAAAGUCGUAUUUCGGCGCGUCCGCGGCAAGAUUAACCGCCCCUCUGACCCAAAUCUCGUUAGCGGUAGAAGUGAUUCGUUUAAGAUCGAAGGGAACGUCGCCGGAAAUGGUCCUCUGGCAAAACUUUCGACCGAUGAUGCUUUAUCCGCCGUCGACGGGGAGUUAAGCUCGUUAGAGAGAGAAGAUACCUCCUCGGCGAACGCAAUACGAUAUUCAACUUCUUCAUUAAUGAACGACAACGCGGGCACUUCUAAAAUCGGCAGAGAAACCGUGGACGAGCGUACAAGAUCCCAUAAGCUCGCAUUGUCUCGUAGCGUUCCGUACAAGAAACGAGAUGUCAGCGAGCGUCGCGAUUUCCGGAAAGGUAAUCGCGUACUUGGGAAACGGCAGAAAGCCUCGAGCCCGAUGAGGAGGGAGACAAAGCAGCGGCGGAAGAAGAAGAGGAAAAAGGGCAGUCGGCGGACGAAAGAUAUUUCGGCGACUGAAAGCCCGCAGCGUUUCAAGAGACACUUAUUAAUGACGUCUCUCGAGCCGGAGUAUGACGUCGAUGAUGCCGCGAGAUUUUCGAGACGCCACGACGCCGCGGAGAGAAAAAACGCCGAGAGAUUUCGGAAGCCUGCGAGAGGCGACGCGAGUCGGCGGCGCAAACGCGACGGAAGUCGGACGGUCGAUGGACCGGAAGCCGAUCCCGGCACGGCGCAAAUCCGCGGCGGUCAAGACUGCACGGAUCGUCGACACCCGCCGAAUAUCGAUGCGGCCAAAUAUCUCGAGUCCGCACAUUGUUUGCGCUUUAGUGAUUUAUGGUAUUCCGUGUAUCAGUUGGAGGAUCCUAUCGUCGAGCACGUAGUGUAUCUUCAGGUUUACGAAAAACGCGCUUUAGCGAACGGAUCGACUUACUGGGAGGAUCUCACCAGAGAUUCCGUAGUCAGGUCGUUUAUGCCAUCAGAUUGGGCACGUUCAACAGGCACCAUAGAGGCAGCCAAGAUACGAUCGCUUUCGCUUACAAGGAAGUGAAAAUGCCGGGACGGGAGGAGGGCGAGAUUCCUAAUUUGGAUGUCGUUCAUGAUCGUCUUUUGGUACCGUCGUCGGUGACAUCAAAAGGCUCUGAAUAUCCUGCCGAAGGUAUUGAACCCGGAA